AUGCCCAAGAGAAAGGCUGAAGGGGAUGCUAAAGAAGAUAAGGCCAAGAUAAAGGACAAACUACAGGGAAGAUCCACAAGAUUGUCUGGUAAGCCUGCUCUGCCAAAGCCACAGCUGAAGCCUAAAAAGGCCCCUACAAAGAAGAGAGAGAAAGUAUCCAAAGGGGAAAAAGGAAGAGCCAACUCUGACAAAGAGGUGAAUAACCCUGCAGAAAAUGGAGACGCCAGAACAGAGAAGGCACAGAAAGCUGAAGGUGCUGGAGAUGCCAAGUGAAGUGUACGCAUUUUUGAUAAAUCUGUACUUCUGGUGACUGUACAGUUUGAAAUACUGUUACAUCCCAAUGGAUUAUUCUUGCCUGCUGCACAGAA